AUGCCACCGGAAAAUUGUAAUGCUGAGGUAACGGAUGAAGACUCUGGAGAUGAAGACUUGGUGUCACUUCAAAACUUGCCAGGAUCUCAACUAAGGGCUGCUGCUGAGGUCCAGUAUGGCAACAACUGUGAUGAUGAUCUAUCAUUAGCCGAAGUAAACAAAAGACGACGUCUAAAUUUUGAAAAUGAAUGUGCUUCCACAUCCCAAACCUCGCUUCUUCAAGGACAAAUAGAUGAUCCGGUUUCACCUGCUGUACCAGUACCUUCUACUUCAACAAAUGCUCCAACUAUGAUCAACUUCAAAAAUACUAAAUAUACUUGGAGUUCAAGAGAUAUUCAGCCUACGCAUAGUGAUUGGCAUAACCCACAGCAUCCUGACCAGUAUGGUGAUAAAAAUCCCAUUGAUUACUUUGAUUGCAUUUUUGACGACGUGGUUUGGAAUAUUCUUGUGGAAUUUACUAACUUAUAUGCUACAAAGAAGAAUAAAGAAGGUAACGUGACAGCAAGGAAGAUGAAAUGUUUUGGGAAUACUGUUGUAUAG